AUGCCUAUCGUCUACAAUGAAAUAUCCACACUAUUUAAACGAGAGGCAACUAGAAUAAGUUUUAGUUUCAAUGACCAAGAAGCUCGAAGUUUCAUAAGACAACCCCUUAGUAUUACGGAGUGUCACUACGAACAUAUUGGAGGGUCUGCAGGAGUAUCCACUGUGGUAACGAUUAGUCUCAGAGACUAUUUAGUAGAAGACUAUUUCAUAUCGGUGGUUUGUGAGGAUGUGGAAGCAUUUGUGAGGCAUCAGACAAAGAAUUUUAUUCAGUUUUCUUUAACUACUUCGAAUACAUACGGAGAUCAGAAAAUGCUGGAAACAAACAUCAACAGAAUGUGUCGAUGUUUGGAGAAUUCAUUGCAAUCGAGAAAGGAAAAGUUGAAAGUGGAACAGUUCUCUCUGUCUGUUCUCGAAAUAAGUCAAGCUGUAUCAGCAGUUAACCUACUCGACCGUGAGAUUCUACAGAUUGUUACUGUACACUUGCCGUUUGAAGAUCAUUUAUUCAUGGCUGACGACUUCAUACCUCUAAUGAAAGGGCAGGGACGGCGCAAGUUGGAUUUGAGAAUCCAUUUACAUGAUUUCUCAUUGAAAGUUUUGGAGGAAGUAAGAAAGCUGCUCUCCUCCACAUCCAAUCAACUCAAUUCUAUCACUAUCAACUACAAAAAUGUUGAUGAGAAAUGCAUUGAGUUAAUUGCUGAAACAGAACAUUUGCCGGAGGAGAAGACUGUCAAGUUUUCAAUCGAUCACUCUGCUGAUCCAAUUGAAGAAAUAGCCAUGCUCAAUUUAUCUGACAACAGAUUUACUUUGAAUAUUUUCGAGAUUCCUUCGAUAAUGAUGUCAAUUGCAUCUCCUUUAGGAUGUUUUGAAAUCCAAACACUUCGAAAGGUGUCUCGAGGAAUCCGUCAGUGUGUCGAUUAUGUCAAACCAGAUCCGCAUAUCCAUAGAUGUUUCAUUCGGGUAGGGAAUUCUUUGAGAGUUCGUAUUGACUCAAUGAUGAAUAGACCAAUUUGGGCACACUACAAGGGAUCUCUGGAACAGGAAGCAGUACGAGUUGUAAAUGAUUUCGAUUCAAAUACCAGACAUCAAAAAAGUUGCAUGGAUAAUUUAAAUAUUGAUAUGGAUAAAGAAAUCUGUAAGUUGAAAGAAGAAGUUGAUCCAGCUUUGUCACCAAACUGCUCAGAAAUGUCUUGA